ACAGUAGCUGCGGUGGUCACUUGGGAUGGACUCCAUUUCGGCCUUUGCCUUCUCGUCGCCUCGCAUGGAGAAGCCUUCCUUGUCCUCGACACCCUCGCGCGCCCUCCCGUCCUCGUACUCCUCCCCCCGCACCAUCUACAGCGACCGAUUCAUUCCCAGCCGCAUUGGGUCCAACUUCACCCUAUUCGACCUCUCCCCCUCGCCCUCCGCCUCCUCGUCCUCAGACGUGUCGGGAAGAGAGUAUGGAUCCGGCGCCUACGCGGCCCUACUGAGAAAUGCUCUCUUUGGGCCGGAUCAGGGCGUGGCGCCCCCGGCCACGCCCGACCGAUCGGCGGAGGCAGCCGGGAGGAGGUCUUCCUCCGCCGCUUCCUCGACGUCGUCUUCUUCGGGUUUCUCGAUCCCCAGUAGGAACAUUUUUAGGUACAAGGCUGAUGUGCCCCGGCACUCCCUUGCGACGCAGUUCGAAGAUGGGCUUCCCGGGUUCCUACAUAUCCAUCCGAGGGCGCCGAGAAAGGUGUCGCCAUCGCCUUACAAGGUACUGGAUGCACCGGCAUUGCAGGACGAUUUCUACCUGAACCUCGUCGAUUGGUCUUCACACAAUGUCUUGGCUGUUGGUUUGGGCGAUUGCGUGUAUCUUUGGAAUGCCUGCAGUAGCAAGGUUACCAAGCUUUGCGACUUGGGUGUGGAUGACAGUGUGUGCUCGGUUGGAUGGGCACAGCGUGGCGAUCACUUGGCCAUCGGUACUAACAAGGGGAAAGUUCAGAUAUGGGAUGCUACUCAUUGUCGGAGGAUAAGGACAAUGGAGAGCCACCUUUUGCGAGUUGGAGCUGUUGCAUGGGGUUCAUCUUUGUUAUCCUCAGGUAGCAGAGAUAAGAUGAUUCUACAGCGUGAUAUUCGUGCCCAAGAUGAUUUUGUUAGCAAGCUGACAGGGCACAAGUCAGAGGUUUGUGGCUUGAAGUGGUCUUAUGAUAAUUUUGAACUUGCUUCUGGUGGAAAUGAUAACAAACUUUUUGUGUGGAAUCAACAUUCCUCACAGCCGGUACUGAAAUAUUGUGAACAUACUGCAGCUGUAAAAGCAAUUGCAUGGUCACCACAUGUACAUGGACUUCUAGCAUCUGGUGGAGGAACUGCAGACCGAUGUAUUCGUUUGUGGAAUACUACCACAAACUCUCACUUGAGCUGCAUUGACACUGGAAGUCAGGUUUGCAACCUUGUAUGGUCAAAGAAUGUCAAUGAAAUUGUCAGUACCCAUGGUUAUUCCCAAAACCAAAUAAUUGUUUGGCGAUAUCCAACCAUGUCCAAGCUUGCAACACUUACCGGCCAUACUUACCGAGUCCUGUACCUCGCCAUAUCUCCUGAUGGGCAGACCAUCGUCACUGGUGCCGGUGAUGAAACGCUAAGAUUUUGGAAUGUGUUCCCAUCUAAAUCUCAGAACACUGGCAGCGAUAUCGGAGCAAGGUCUCUUGGCAGAAGUCACAUCCGGUGACCUUGAAUUCUACCUGUUGGUCCCAUGGAUUGUCUGUUUGUAUAGUUGUUGAUUUAUGUUUUCCUUUUCUUUUUUCGUCUUUCUGAAAAGGAGCUAUUACUUUGUGCUAAUCAGGUCAAAGUUUAAUUUUCAUAAGCUUGACCAUUGGCAGCAUAUGGGGCCACUUUUUAUCAUGUCAUGCUCAUCAUCAUUUGCAAUGAUACGAGGGGACGAGAUAUGAGUUUGCCUUGCUGAUAAUUAUAGACAGAGUUGGUGAUGUGGUUGAAAACUCGCUAAAAACACCCUUGUAACAUUGUACUGUGCUUGUAUAUUAAUUACGUAGUACAUUUCUACGUUGUUC